CUCAUAUAUACGCCCAAAGGGUGAUUUCUUCCUCUGAGUCCCCUCCAUUCUGUCGUGCACUUCUUGUGUGUCACCCAAACCGGGAAUUGUCUGCACCUGUAGGACAAAGUAGUUGAGCUAUCAGUUGAAAUGGCACCUAAGAAAGAUCCCAAGGCUCCCGUCAAGAAGGCUGAACCGGCACCUGCACCUGCACCAGCACCGGCACCAGAACCUGCAGCGGCUCCUAAGGCUCCAGCCGUCGACUUGUCCGCAGUCAAGAUAGAAUUCAGCGCAGACCAAGUUGAAGACUACAGGGAGGCCUUUGGCCUGUUCGACAGGGUGGGUGACAACAAGGUGGCUUACAACCAAAUCGCUGACAUUAUGCGCGCUCUGGGACAGAACCCCACCAACAAGGAGGUGAACAAACUGCUUGGAAACCCCACAGCUGAAGAUAUGGCCAACAAGAGAGUAGAGUUUGAGUCCUUCCUCCCUAUGCUCCAGACCAUCAUCAACAGCCCGAACAAGGCAGGGUUUGAGGACUACGUUGAGGGUCUGCGUGUCUUUGACAAGGAGGGCAACGGCACUGUGAUGGGCGCUGAGCUGCGUAUCGUCCUGUCAACACUGGGAGAGAAAAUGAAUGAGACUGAGAUUGACGCUCUCAUGGCUGGGCAGGAGGAUGAGAACGGCUGCAUCAACUACGAGGCCUUCGUCAAGCACAUCAUGUCUGUGUAAGGACCCCACCACUGCAGCUGGUGAGCAUCAAAUAGAGCAGACCCCAUGGUGUCGCGACAUCCACUCGCUGUUUCCUGAAUCAUCUGUGGAAGCAGGGGGGACAAUGGACUAAGAGAUGUCAUUUCAUUUUUUUUGUCCAACUUUUAUUUUUGUCUAAAUGGUGCUUUUAUUUGAUUUUUGUCCCUUCUCUUUUCCUCUUCCUGCUACUUGGAAAGCAGUAACUAUUUCCCACGAGGUGCUUCUUUCCUCCUUAUCAACCAAGUACCCUGAUCUCAUUGGUGGGGUGGGGUAGUAAUUACAGAGGAACAGUGAUGGAGGGGGAGGGGGAAAAUGAUGACCACUCCCCUCUCACUUAUCGUCUGUCUGGCUGUCUGCCAUUCAGGUGACUGGUUUGGCCCAAGGACUGGCCAUCUAAAGAAAUCCAUCCUUCACCUGACCCAUCCCUGAGUCUUAACCUGUUGUAUCAUCUGCCAUUUCACAAUAAACUUUUCAUACUCCCA